GGCUGCAGAGGAGGACACUCGCUGACACUCGUUCAUUCAGGCGACUCGUUCUGGAAACGGACUCGCUUCUGUUGCUGCUGUGGAGCCGGGAAUACGCUUGUUUGGUCUGAAUUAUGGUGCUGUGAGUGCGCGGAGCCGGGAGGGACUGCUAGGAUUGACCGCCCCGCUUUGCGCGCCUGUGAAAGGAGAAAGUCUGGGCUGUUCAGAGGUUGUUUUCGCGUAUUUAGAGGAAAGAUUGGAGAGACUUUGCUCCUGGAUCACUGCUCGUUGAGGACAGAAUGCCUCAGACACCACCGUUCACCGGGCAGCUGAACACCGGCAGCUACAACAAGAACCUGUACCAGCCCAAGGAGGAGGGCUACCCCGGCCUUUAUUAUAAUGACAACAACCUGGUGUCUGGUUCCCUGGAGGCCCUCAUUCAUCACUUGGUCCCAACUGUGGACUAUUAUCCAGACAGGACAUACAUCUUCACCUUCCUGCUCAGUUCUCGCCUCUUCAUCCAUCCUUAUGAACUGAUGUCCAGAGUGUGCCACCUGUGCAUGGAGCAGCAGCGGCUUGGCGAUCCCCAGCCUGAUAAGAUGAGAGUCAGGAAGAUCGCUCCCAAAAUCCUCCAGCUGCUGACAGAGUGGACAGAAACCUUUCCAUAUGACUUUAGGGAUGAGAGGAUGAUGCGUAGCCUCAAAGAGCUGACCCACCGGCUCGCCAGUGGAGACGAGGUUUACAGGAAGGCGGUCAGCCAGAUGAGCCAGGGCCUCAUCAGGAGGUUGACGGUGCUCAGCCAGUAUGAGGAGGCUCUGGUCAAAAUCAAUGCCACUGCGGCCGAGCGGCUCACUGUUCUGAAGGCAAAGCCCCAGGCAGCUAUACAGAGAGACCUGCUGUCUAUCUGCAACGACCCCUUUACUGUCGCCCAACAGCUCACGCACAUAGAACUGGAAAGACUGAGUUACAUCGGACCUGAAGAAUUCGUCCAGGCCUUCGUCCAAAAGGGCCCUCUGGACAACGAUAAGAAUUGCUUCAGUGACCACAAAAAGGCCAGCAACCUGGAAGCAUAUGUCGAAUGGUUCAACAGACUCAGUUAUCUGGUGGCUACAGAGAUCUGUAUGCCCGGGAAGAAGAAGCACAGAGCUCGAGUCAUCGAGUUUUUCAUCGAUGUGGCACGGGAAUGCUUCAACAUCGGCAACUUUAACUCCCUCAUGGCCAUCAUAUCUGGGAUGAACAUGAGUCCGGUGUCACGGCUCAAGAAGACCUGGAGUAAAGUCAAAACAGCCAAGUUUGACAUCCUAGAGCACCAGAUGGAUCCUUCCAGCAAUUUCUAUAACUACAGAACAGCACUGAGAGGAGCUACACAGAGAUCGAUCACCGCCAACAGCAGCAGAGAGAAGAUUGUCAUCCCCUUCUUCAGUCUGCUCAUAAAGGACUUGUACUUCCUGAACGAGGGCUGUGCCAGCAGGCUGCAGAAUGGGCACAUCAACUUUGAGAAAUUCUGGGAACUCGCCAAACAAGUGAGUGAGUUCAUGACCUGGAAGAAAGUGGAGUGUCCUUUUGAAAAGGAUCGCAAGAUCCUGCAGUACCUGCUGACCGCGCCGGUGUUCACCGAAGACGCGCUGUAUCUGGCAUCAUACGAGAGCGAAGGUCCUGAGAACAACAUGGAGAAGGACAGAUGGAAGUCUCUGAGAUCCACCCUGCUGAGCAGGGUCUGAACCUCUGAAGAAACCAGAAUGACCACAAACCCAACGAGCGAGUCUUUGCACCCGUCAGCGUCGCUGUCAUCCAAGCGAAGUAUCCCUGUGUUGGAAGGGAAACGACAAUCUGUGCUUUAGCUGGCGAGGACAGUUUGUGUCCCGCCCCAGCUCUGCUUUUCCUGACCCUCUUGCUCUUUGUGCUGUACACUUCAGGACAGCUGUUUUUCAUCUCUUUGUAUGACUUUAUAGUCUUUGUUUUUUAAAGAAACAAUACAAACCCUCACAGGUUAUGGAAAAAAAAGAGGUGCUUUUUCUUGUUGGAAGCAGUGCACCCUGAUGAACCCGUGAGUGUUAAAGUUGGGGGUGUUGUUUCCCCGCCCAGUUUAUUUUUCUCCCACUAAAGCUACAAAGUUAGCUGCUGGUUGGCUAACGCAACAGAAACGCUACUCUGGUUCCACACGCCAGCAUUCUCUGCAUGGAGAAGCCAAACCUUAACCUGCAACACUGUCUGUCAUUAAGCUAUAUUAUUUUAUUGGGUUGUUCACUACAUGUUUCUGAAACUUCUGUUAUGAUGUGUGAGGGGGAAAAAGCUGCAUUUGAGAAAAGAGGAAAGUCAUUUUUCUUGUUUGUGUUGUGUAAAGUUGAGAUUUUCUGAAGCAGGAAGUAACAUUUAAUUUGUCAUUUAUCUUGACACAAUUAAGGUUCCAGUAUGCGUCAAAGGAAUUACAGCAUCAGUAAGCUUCACUGUUUGAUGCUUUGAAUUUUUCCUUUGGAGCGUACAGAGGCCUGCAGCAGUGCGCUAAAGUGUUGUUGUUCCCUGUUCUGUGUGUUAUCAUGUUGGACCCAUUCAUGCUUUCCUUUUGUUCCUGCUCCACCUGCUCGUGUAGAAGGUUAGUGUGUGCUGCCCCCUGGUGGCUGAUUAAUGUGAACUGAGGAUUUCUGGUUAAAUUAUCCUUUUUGUUUUUAUUUUUCAUAAAGUACAUUUCCUCUAUAUGUUUUAUUUAUAAACUUGUUAUCGCCUCAUGCCAAUACUUACUUAUUUUAUUGUUAUUUAAUUUUGUACUAGGUACAUAACAUAAGUAGUCCUGUCUUUAAUAUUGACUUUAUUGUUUUUACAUAAGUUUGUAUGAGACAUUUAUUUUACAAGGUACUAGCUCAGAGUAUGAAGUUAAAUAAUUUUGACUGAUGUCUGCUUUGCCUUGACUGCUUCUCCCUCAGCGCACAGUGCUGUUGUGGUUUAUUGUGGACAUGUUCCUCUUUCCUCUCCCUGUGUUCAUCGUUUGUAUUUGGAUUGUUACAAUGGAAUAGAGGAAAGUUUAUAAAUGAAUUAGUUGUGUUUAAAAGAGAAGUUAAUAAAAGGCUCAAAAUUA